CAAAAAACAAAAACAAAAACAAAAGGAUCGCCAAAAUCGAAGUCCCUUUCCCAGCCUUCUUACACAUCCAUCGUGGUGGCUCCCUAUUCUUGUUCUUCAAUUGAAGACCACCAUUUUCCCCCAAAACCCCAAACCCUUGAAGAUUCUCCAUCCCUAUCUCACUGAUCAAUCUUCAAGCUUCAAUCUUCAAGCCUCUAAUGGCGUCUCAUCACCAUCCUCAUCAACCCCAUUUCCAGCGGACCCAUCUUACCUCCGCCUGUUGCUGCGGCGGCGGAGAUUUCACCACUCCCUGCUUCCAAACCCACCAGCUCCCGCCGUCUCCCUCCGACCCCCUUCUUCAAGCUCUUGCUUCUCAAAUCCUUCAAUCCGCCCAAUUUCACCACUACCCAACUCUCCGUUCCCAAAAAUUUCAAUCCCAUUAUCAGUUUCUCAAUCCCCAAAAUCAGAAGAAGCAAGAAAUUCCUCAAGUCCUCCACCAUUCUACUGUCUCAUCUCUUCUCUCCCGCAUCGAAGCUCUAGAAUCCUCUCUCCCUCGUGUUUUUGGUUCUCAUCUUCCUUCCCCAUCUCUCCGGCACGUUGCUGCCAGUACAAUCCAGACCCAUUUUCGAGCGUUCCUUGUCCGGAGAUCCCGAGCAUUCAGUGAGCUUAAAGAUCUCGCCAUCAUCAAGUCUAGAUUUGAAUCUCUUCAAUCGUCGCUGUCCAAUGGAUUCCAUUUUGAUCGUAAAGCCAUUUCUCUCAAAAUAAUGGAUUUUCUUCUCCAUCUCGAUUCCAUUCAGGGUAGUGAUCCAAUGGUCAAAGACAGCAAGAAAUCCCUCAUCAGAGAUUUGGUUCAGUUCUUGGAACGAAUUGAUAACUUUGCUGUGAAGAGGAACGGACUUCCAGUUAAGGCAAUGAAAAAUCUGAGGUUAGGUCAAGAUGUUAGUAAAUCUAGGGUUUCUUCUAAUCCUAAGCAUAAAAGCUAUGAUAAUCAGAAAGAGACUAUAGAGGAAUUAAAGAGCAGAGUUGAAAAGAUUUGUGAGCGUUCAAGAAUUUUUGAGAAGAAUGAGAAAGAUUUGAAUGCUAAAAGGUUUCACCAUGUUGAUGAUGAUGAUGAGGAGGAGGAAGAGGAGGAGGAGGAGCAGUCCCCUAGAAUCAUUAUCAAAGACAAAAAUCAAACCCGAAAUCGGAAUCUUGCGGAAGCCCAUCAAAUUCUUCAACCUAGAGUAAAGAAAAGUGUUAGAUUUGCUGAGAAUGGAAACUUAUCUAGAGUUUUAGGUAGCAAUAGUCCCCAUGAAGAUUAUGGUGUUUUGGAUGAAAGGGAUUCAAGUGAUGAACUUGUGGAGGAUACUUGCAAUGAAGCAGUGGAGAUCAAGGAGUUUUCUGAGGAAGCUGAGGAUGAAGAAGAAGCUCAUGGAGAUGGUGGAUCUUCAGAGGUCAGUGAUGGAGAAAGAAACCACAGAAGGAAGAUUAGUAGUAACCAUGGAGGUUCUACAUUCACUCCUCCUUUACCUUUAAAGAUGGAGAAUAAAGCUGAUUUGAUGAAGAACAGAAAGUCUCUGAAAUUUUUUGGGAUGAGUAUGUAAACUUUAACUAAUUGUUAGCUGUUUUUAGGUUUGGAAAUCACUAUUGAUUAUGGCAUCAUCUGGUUUCAAAUUGUUCAUGGAUGUGAUUCUCUGUUUUGUUUUAUUAUCUCAAAUACAAGAGGCUUAUUUGCUUUCUAGGAAGCUUUCAUUCUUUGAAGAUGUGAUAUUUGUAAUUGAUGCUUCUGGAGUUGUUUGUAAGAAGACCCUCUUGGCAAAUAACUUGCCUGUGUUCUUCUGUAAAUGAAGCCUCAGUUUUUAUUUGUUUCA